AUGCUGAUGAAGGGGAAGAGGGAGCUAGGGGCAGAGGAAGGGGGAAAGAAGAAGAAGAGGAAGAGCUGUGGUAUGGAACUUAAGCUAGAUCUUCUCUCCGCAAACAUAGCCAAAAUGCAGUUCACAUUCUCCAUCCUCCCGGCCCUCCUCCUCCUCCUCCCUCUCGUGUCCACUAUCGCCCUCCCCCAGGAGGAGGUCACCUGCUACGACAAAUGCGUCGCCUCCGCCCAGUGCCCCGACACCUACCCCGAGAGCUGCUACUGCCUCAACGACUACAAGAAAAAGUGCGCCGAGGCCUGCCCCCGCGACCUAGUCGUUCCCGUUCUUGAUGCUUGCGAUAAGCCGGAGGUUGUCGAGUGCUACAACAAGUGCAUGGGCCAGUGGGCAUGUAUUCAGGUCUGGCCGCAGAGCUGCUACUGCUACAAUGACCAUGUAAAGCUCUGUUCGAGCGAGUGCGGGAGCACCCCGGUGUACCAGAACUGUACUCUGAGUGCUGUUUAG